GAGAGUGAGAGGAAAUGAAAAACGAAGGAGCGGCUCAGUGCGACUUGAGCUGUGAUACGAGUGGGUUGUGCUAUUUUAUCGCUCCGGAAGUUUUUGCAUAAUAGAAGAUCGGUUCACAACAAUUAACCGAACCAGACCGGACCUGAACCUCCCAGCAACCGGAUUUCUGAAGCUGCUAGUCCUGAAGGCAUCGCUGAGGGAGGUGGAGGAGGAGGGGGAGGAGGAGGACGAAGAGGAAGAGACGAGAGAGACGUAGAAUAGGAAAAAGAAGAACUAGAAGGAAGAAGAAAAGAUUUAAUAACAACAUUACUACUACUACUACUACUACUACUAUUACUACUACAAGUUUUACAAAAAGAGGAUCAAUUUUUUUCCAAGAUGACUACUAAUUCCUGGUAUCGACGCUCCCUUUUCAAUUAUAAAGGAAACAGGGAAUAUACCAGGACGGGCUAUGAGGCAGCCUCUGUCAGAUUUGUGGCGGAGGACCUGGAAGUGGACUGUUCAGAUAAGCACUUCAUGAUUACAGGUUCCAACAGCGGUAUCGGGCUGCAGACGGCGCUGGAGGUGGCCAGACGGGGCGGCGUGAUCCAUAUGGUGUGCCGCAACAGGGACGCCGCCACGAAGGCACGCUCUGAAAUCAUUACCACCACGGGCAAUGAUAAAAUUCACUUGCACAUCGUCGACCUGUCCAAGCCGCGGGAAGUGAUCGCGUGGGCGCAGCGGUUCGCGGCUCAGCACGAGCGUCUGGACGUGCUGGUGCACAACGCGGGCUGCAUGGUGCACGAGAGGCGAGUGGACGAGGAUGGUGUGGAGUGCAACUUUGCCGUCAACACUCUGGCUGUGCACAUCCUCACCAUCACCUUCAUGCCACUGCUGCAUAGGAGUGAAGAGCCACGUAUGGUGAUGGUGAGCUCUGCUGGGCUGCUGUGUGUGAGGCUGGAUCCCCAUGACCUGAUGCACGCCAAUAUGGAACCCUUCGCCGGCAACUUGGUGUACUCACAGAACAAGCGGCAGCAGGUUGUGAUGACACUGUGGUACGCCCAACACUACAACAAGGUACACUUCUCCUCCAUGCACCCCGGCUGGGCAGACACCCCUGCCGUGCGCACCUCCAUCCCUCAGUUCUAUGAGAUGAUGAAGGACAACCUGCGCACACCAGCCCAGGGCGCAGACACGGUGGUGUGGCUUGCCAUCUCCAAGGCGGCCCUCAAGCACCCCAGCGGCCUCUUCUUCCAGGACCGUGAGCCUGUGUCCACACACUUCCCACUGGCCUGGACCAAAUCCUCCAUUGAAGAAGAGGACAUCCUUAUUAAUAACAUCCAGGAAGUGUACAGUCAGAUAUACAACAAGGUCAUGGCUGGUGCUUCCAUCUCCCCUCCCAGCACUGAGGCACCACCACCAGAACCAGAACCACAAGCCACAGAGGACAACAAGGGACCAGAGAGUGCAGAGAAAACACUCCCACAUCCUCUUGCUACCGAGUCCGAGCCAGCUGAGUUUCCAGUCUUGCCUCCACCUCCCCCACCUGCAGAGAAAGUUGUGCCAGUGAAAUCUGAGGUGCAGGUUGCAGAAGUCCAUUCACCACCUGCCUCCUCACACCCUGAAGACACCAGUAAGGGUGCCAGUAAGAACCCUUUUGAAGACCCAAGUGAAGAUGAGGAUGGUAGUGAAGAUGAUACCAAUGAAAAGGACAAGAGUGAAGAUGCCAGACCAACUCCAACCAUGCAAGAAAAGACAGAACCAGCAAUAGACAACACAAAAUUAGAUGAAACGAAGGAAACAAAGGAAACGAAGGACUUUGAACCAAUUCCCUCGCCUCUUGAAAGGACAGAUGCCACAGUAGAAGUGAAAACGUCAGCUGAUGGGAAGAAGGAAGAUUUGCAAGAUGGUGAUGGUGAUGAUGAUUCCUCUUCAGCAUCUAUCGAGCAAGUGAUUCCUGAGCCAUAGUCCUGAGUAUCAUAAUUCCGGGUAGGUUGUUUUUUGUUUAAUUGUAGUUGUAGUUGUUGUUGUUGUGUUCUCUGUAAUGACUGGGAAAGACUAACUAGGUAUGUGCAUUCAGACUCAACUUCAAAUAACAAAGAUUAUUUUUUUUUAGUCAAGGAUAUAGAAAGGUUGAUCUAGAGGAAUUUAAUUGGGUACCUAUAAAAAAAUUAUACAAAUAGAUCAAAAGAAAAAAAAAAAAAUAAUAAUAAUAAUAAUGAAAAUGCAAAAUGGUAAAAAAUAAUGAAGAGGCAGAAUAGUAAACAAAUAUAGUAAUGGAGAUGGAAAAUAGUUAACAAAUAGUAAUGAAGAUGUAGAAUGCUUAAAAGUAGUAAUGAUAGAAAAUAAAUAACAAAAAUAGUAAAGACGUAGAAUGAAUAACAAAAAUAAAGAUAGGGAAUGAAUAAAUGACAGUAGUUAGUUGUAGCAGUAAUAAAGAUGCCAAGUGGUGUUUCCCAGGUGUUGCAGAGGUGAUACAGUAGCAGUAAGUGUCGGCAUGUGCAUCUAAGAGUGUGUCUGAUUGCCGAGCCAAACAUAAUGUGAUGUGCUGUGCCUUGAGCCGAGUCUUGGUGCCCUAGUCAGUCUUCUCAAGCAGGGACUAUUGGAAUCGUUGAUGGGGGGCAAUUCUAAUGUUGGAUCUUCACUCUAGCAUUUAUAUUUGCAUUUAUAUUAGGAAGAGUUUUUAAUGUGGAUAAUUCUGAAUGAUGUGUUAAGUGCAACAUUUAUAUUAGAAAAAUAUUUUAACUUAGGGACAGAUCAGAGGUUUAGUAAUAAUGAACAGACUUAUAAGAUUAAUGGGAAAUCAUCAAAGGUUUAAUGACAAUGAACAGAUAUAUAACACUAAUGUAUAUGUAGAAAAAUUUAUUAGUGAUAAUGAAGAAGUGUAUAGAUGAGGCAGUGAGGCAGCCACCACCCACCUGCCGUAUCUCAGCCAGGGAGUGAGUCGUGUCUCCCUCACAGGUCGCAGUAACUGUAUUGUUAAGUCAUUCAUGGCUGUAGUAGCAUCUGUUUGUACCUUCCUUGAUUUCUGUUUGCAAGUGUGGGUGAAGCUCAAUUGACAAACAGUGGAUUUAAACUUUUUUAUUUUAUCAGGAAUAGAAUAGUUUUCUUUUCUUGUUAGAUUUGUGAAUGCAAAAUUAAAACAGAAAUAAACAAAAAUAAAUCUCCCAAAUCUACCUUGAAAAAAAAACUGAAAAAUGCUAUAGAGAAAAAUUUAACGUUCAGUUACUCAUAAUUUCUGGAUUUUCAAUAGACAACGACCAUAGUCCAGUUUUGUUUGUCAAUGGAGAUUCACCCAUAUAUGAUUUACAGAGAUUUUCCAUACAUGAAUGUGGCUGUGGAUAGGUGUAAUAUUGUUCCAUUCCAAGCUUGCUAAGAAUAAUGCAUCUUUAGGAUAAGAAUUAACUAGCAUUUUCACUCACCAUUUUUGCACAAGUAAAGUUUGAAUUGUCUUCUUUUUAGUCUCAUACUUUCCAUAACUAUCUUUCAUUUAUACUCUUAACAACAGUAACAUUUAUGGAACUACUACUGACACUUCACACCCUUCCUUCACAUGGUACAGUUGUGAUAAGGGAAAGAUUAAUAGUAUUCCUUUUCAGUUUUCACUUUUUUACAUGGCUAUCUCCCUUCACUUAACACUUCAAAAUAGUCUGACUGCUCUUUAUUUUUGUAUUUCCACUUACCCAUGAAUUUGAGUUUUGAAAGGUACCAUUGAAUUCUUUUACAUAAACAAGGAACCAUUGAAUUCUCUUAAGUAAACAAGGUACCAUUAAAUUAUCUUCAGUCUAUGAGUUACGGGCAUGAGUUUGUAGGUAGAUUCAUAAUUAUCUUACACCUUCCAUCUCUUGCUCUUCCUUUUCUUAGUUUCUUUCUACAUUUUAAUACAUUUCUUUGUGUUUAACUCAGGUGUUGGGUUGCCUCAAGAAUUAAAGGUUUUCAAUAGAAUUCUUUUGUUCUGACAUUAUGAAGGGCAUUUUUUAUUAAUUUUACUAUCAGCUCUCUUCUAUUCUUUUUUAAUGUAGAGAAUCAUCCAAUAAUUUCACACUCUUUGAUUAUCUUUAUUUUGUCCCUCACCCAUUACUGCUUAGGAAACUUUGACAGUGUCAUGAAUUAUCCUACAUAUUUUGGUUAAGUCUUGCCUUUGUUUAUAUUUUACUGUUUCCCUGUCUUGUGCUGAUGAGAGGAGCAUCUCCGAAUGUGUGUCUAGUGUAGCUUUUUAAGAUUAACAAGGUGAACUGUAGCCAAACUAGUCUAGCAUUUAUGUCUAAUUUUAACAUUCAUUUCAAUUUAGGAGGACAAUUAAGUCUAGGAUUUGCUACUACUGUCGUCCCUUGAGAGUUGCUAUUUAAACUAUACAAGUUAGAAAUUUGAGGUUUUGCAGUUUGCUUUGGGUAACUAUGCCUUCCCAUGUGUAGUUAAAUAAUUUUUCAAUAAUACAGAAGCAACACGUAUAGUUAUGAUAGUUAUGAAGGGAAACAUUAGAUGUAGGAAUGUUUUAAGAGUGUUGUAAUGCAUUUCAAGAUUUUUUAAGGAAUAUUUUAACAUAUUUCAAGAUGUUUUAAGGAGACAGCAAAAAUUUGUAGACAUUUGAAACCUACACGAGUCUGUUACCUAACUAAAGUGGAUUGCAAGGGACAGCAGUAUACACAUUAGCAUUUCCUGAUGAGAGAACCACUUCUGACUGUGUAUAUUAAGUGUGGCUUGUACCAGCAUUACAAGGUACAGUACAGGACAUACCAGCUGAGCAUUUAGACUUGUGAGGGUGACUGUACAACUCCUGGGAUGAUUAACUUUGUACUGUGAGAAAUAUAGGAAUAAUGAAAUGUUGUAAUAGUCCUAAGUAAUGUGCUCGACUAUCUGGGAAUAUUGUAAUAGUCAUAACAAACUAUCGCCUGUGGGUGAAUAUUUAUCAUACUAAGAAAAAUUGUAAUAAUGGUGGUAGUAACAGUAAUUUUAUCUAUCUGGGCUGUAUGUUUUAUUAUUUACCAAGAAAAUUUGUAGCAGUAUAAGUAGUAGUAGUACGCUGUUGUCUACCUGGGCUGAAACUUCUACUAUUAUGCAGCGAAGGAUGUUGAAGUGGUUGUAAUUAUGUAAUCAUUCUAUACUAACUGUUGAGAAAUUUUUGCCACUGUGCCAGAAUGUGUUAGUUGUAAUAGACUGUAUCUUUGUAUGGACCAGGCUGAUGUUCCUGUAAAAAGAAAUAUGUAGAUUUGUAGUUGUAGUAGUAGUAGUAGUAGUAAUAGUGAUAGCAGUGACAUUUCUAGUAGUUGUAAUGAUAGUAGUAGUAGUAGUUGUUGUAGUAAGGUGAAAUAAAGUAUGAAAAGCAUGUUUUGUAUUAGUAAGUAUAGUUGAGAGGUUGUCUUGCAAAAAAUAGGAAUAGUAUUAUGUUGUUACCUUUUCAGCAUCUGUGAUUAUUACAUUUAUAUGCAUGAUUCCCAAAAAAUUAACAAAUCUAGCAAGUGUGAGAUAUAAAGUUUUAGGCAGAGAUUAAAUAUAACAAGCAUUUUGAAUCAUUGAGGGAAAAAUGUAUUGAGAACCCAACCAGUCAUAUUUGUGGCCUUUGAAGAAUCCUGAUAAAAAGUCACACCAUUUAAGAUGACAGGUGUGUGAAGAUCAGGAACAGGGAGGAGGAAGGAGAGGGAAAGGUUGUGCAUAUAGGUCAGGUUUCUGUAGUUGAAGUAAGAGAAAUACAGACCUGAAGUUAAGAGGGAAUUCUUAACUUUUAUAACAGAGAAUUAAGUAAAGAAAAAAGUGUGGAUCAGAUUUUUGCAGUUGAACUAAAAGGAGAUACAGGCCUUAAGUUAGAGAGAGCUCUUGUCUUUUAUAACAGCGAGGAUU